UUUUUAUACUUCAACAUGGGAGUCGAGAACUAAUCUCUCCUAACGUAAAAAAAUUCAAGAGGACUAAUGUGAGUCACGACCCACGAGUCACGACCCACGACCCAGUCAAACUCGUUGGCAGGGGGCUGGCAGGGGGCAUUUCCGCUCGCCUAAUCUCGCUUGAAAUGUUGAUAGAAUCAUUGUUACGAAGACUGAUGUCACUGAGACGCCUGUCGUUUGCGCAUAUUUAGUUGCUGUUUGCAGUCCUCAAUGAUCACAACCUUCCGCCGGUAGGAUCACAUAUAGUCGUCCUCUGGUCCAGUACUCGAUCUUUUAAAAGGAUCACCAAGAGGAGAAUAACCAUAAGCAGUUAAAUCCACGUCACUUUCCAGGAAUAUGAAUAUUGAUCAUCCUCCCCUAGUGCGAACAAAACCGCCCGUCGAAAAACAUCAAGCAGCAGUUCUGGCAGCUCGACUUUUCAACCUGCAUAUCACAGAUUUGUCUUUUGUCAAAGAGCUUAAUUCCUAUGACGACAGAAACUUUUACAUGCGAGGAUCCUUGAAUGGGCAACGUGAAUGUCAAGAAUACGUUCUCAAAAUUAUAAACGACGUAGAAUCAAGGCAUGAAUAUUUCCUAGAGCUUCAGUGUAACAUCAUGUUGUUUCUCCAAACACGUGGCUACAACUGCUCCUCCCCAGUCCUUUCAAUUCUCAAGACGCAUUUGGUAAGGUGCAAAAUCCCACGAAAGCAUCGAGCUGGCAUUCUUCACGCGGAGCCUGGUCAUGUUUCUGUGGUAACAGACAAAGAUACGAAUGGAAUUUCUUUAGAAAAUGGUACUAGCACUCUGUCUGUAACAAGUCUUAGAAAUAUCGUUGAUGGAAUUGAGAUUUAUGACGGGGAAGAAUACUCUGAAGACGAAUUCUUGGUCUGCGCUGUUCUCCUUUUGAACUUUGUACCGGGUAAAUUACUGAAUGAAAUCCCGCUGAACACUCAACUGCUGUUUAAUGCAGGAGUGGCCGUGGGCAGCAUGGAUCGAGACUUAAAGGAACAGGAUUUCGCCGGUGAAGAACUGAAGCGUCCAGAAUUUAGCUGGGACCUGUCGAAUGUUGAUGAGAAAAUUGAGCCUUGCCUCGAAGCUGUUACUGAUCCUCAUCAUGUUGAAAUAGUUCGAGAGGUUUGUGAAGCUUUUAGAAAGAAUGUCAAACCAAAACUACAUCUCUUACCCAAGCAAAUCAUCCACGGGGAUCCAAAUUACACCAAUCUUGUAUUUGCUCCCCGUAACAAGCAUUGUUCACAGUAUCCAGUGCAAGAUAUUGGUGUCAUAGACUUUGGAGACCUCAACUACAGUUGUACAGUAUUUGAAAUUGCCAUUUCCCUAAUGUAUAUUUUGAACCUUGAAGGGGUUUUGAAGUGCGGGCGAACUCAAAUGGCAGGACAUUUCUUCGCGGGAUAUAGCUCGGUUCAUCCCUUAUCUAGCGUGGAGUUGGAAGUCUUGCCUGUGCUGGUAGCGUCAAGGUUUUGUCAGUCAUUAGUAUUUGGUGCUUAUGUCAGUAAACUCGUUGAUCCUGGAAACGAAUAUAUCUUGGAAACAGCCAAAAACGGGUGGGAGAAUUUAGAGGAAUUUUGGAAGACACCAAAGGAAGAGGUGCUACAAUUAUGGAUGGAAAUGAGCGAAAACACACGACAAAACCAAGAUGAACUUUGAGAGAGUCUGUACACAUGGAGGAAAUGCUAUUAAGAUGUUAACAUAGGUUUCACUAAAUGCAAUGAUAAUUUUAUCCUCAAAACAGUUUUCAAAUGAAUGUUUAUAGUAAUCCGGGAUUGCAUUGCUUUAAAUUGGUUUUGCUCUGCUUUGCUCUGUGAUUGGUCCAGAAAACUCGCGUUCCCCUCUCAACCAAGUAAAUGCAAAACUAAAACCCAGUCGAGACUUGGUCACCCGCGUUUUCCCGCGCUUAGGGUAUACGUAGUUUUGCCGUAAUUUGAUAGAAUACCUGUAGCUAAAUUAAAUGCCACACGUUUCGAUCACGCCACGAAAUGAAUGCACAUUUAAUUUCUUUGCCAGAUAGAUGAAUAUUUAGAUUUAAAGAUGUGUAGUUGUGAUUCGACUGAAAAUAGAUAUUUAAUACAAAUAUCUAAGUACAAAUAUAACAACAAUAACGACAAAGCUACAUGAAAUAGAAACGAGCUUACAGUUUGUGGUGCAACCAAGUCCAGCCGUAAAACUCUUUAAAAAAAAGCGGAGCAACUGCAGAAUACCCUGCCACUUUGGUCCACCUCAUUUACAUGUGUCGAGAGGCUUUGAAGAUCGAGGCAUAACACAAUAAACGUUAUUCUUAUUCAAUGACAUGUAAAUGAGCUUAGCCACAAAAGCAACACGCGAAAAUUCUGAUGAGAAAUGAAUCGCUACCGCCUUCUGUAAUUCCUACAUAACCUCACGCGAAGCCGCGAACUUAAUGUUAAUUGAGUAGAAACAGAACAUCACAAUAGUAGUUCAAUAGAAAGAAAACAAUUCAAAAUCAUUUCGCAAUUGCUUUACAAUAAAUAGAAAUGUAAAUUCUAGUUGCUUCAAUGGUCAUUAAAAAUGCAAAUAUU